CAUCGACCCAACCCAGUAGAACAGAACAAUGUAACAUAUUAAGAGAGAGAGGGAUUCACAGUUUUGAGCUCAGUGAAAGUACUUUUGAGUCUCCCAACGAAAUGCAACUGCACGAAGUAAAGCUGAAGGAUUGAUGCUUUUGCAUCUUGUUUUAUAGUCAGAGAAAUUAGGGGACCAUCUUUUGCUGUCACUUUCUUUCAUCUUUACUAGGCCAAUUAGCUUCUCUUCUUUGAAGAAGUAGCAGGGCUAUGUAUUUAGGCAUUAUAGCUUUUGGCUGCUUAGUUUUAGACCUGCUCUAUUCAUAUUAUACAAAGAAAGAGAAAGAGAAGGUCUGUGCUUCCUUCUUUGAAUUAUUAUAUUAUUAUUAUAAUGUUAACACAGGUAUAUAGCUGUCAUAGAAUGGUAGUUUCCGGUCUUGGGCCUAUGGUCUUCCUUUUUUUUAAUGCAUAUAUAAGACUUAAAUGAUUUCCGUUAUAGCUCUCAGAGGGUCUCACACUUGAACUAUGUUAGUUCAAUCAGGGGCUUUGAAUUAGGGGCUAACACUAAUUAAGAUACUUGUUUGUCUUGUAUUCUGCUCUCCUGGUCCCGUCCUUUUACCUCCUUUUUUAUGCUUUUCAAAAAUUGUAAACUCUUUGUUUCACCCCUUUCUUCUCUCUCUCUAUAUCCAUCUAUCUCUUUCUUGCUUUUAUUUUCUGCUAAUGAUUUCUUUAAUGAGUCUGUUCUUGCUUGCAGUUCUUAUCGUUUCAAUUCUGUUAUUAUUACCUUCAAAGUGAACUGGGUUUCAUUCUGUUCGCUUCCCAAAAGCGACUUGAUUUAAAAUUUUGAAGUGCAUUUUCAUUUGUAACUUCUAUUCGCAGCAUCUUUGUCUGAGGUCUUGAUUUCAGUCUCUUUAACUGCAAAUUUGGAAUGAAUUUUAAAAUCCUGCUUAAAAUAUAGUCAUAGACUACCUCAGCCCCAAUAUUUUAGUUUCUUGUUUAAACCCAAUUCACAAAGCCAGUAUUUGUGAAUGAAAAUCCACCAUCUUGGUCACUAAUUCUUUCCUUUGCUUAUGUUGCCUUGGAACUUUAGUUUCUUAAUAUUCUUGAUAAAGUUAUAGCACCUUCUCUUUUGCUGGUUACAGCUAUGGUCUCCCAAGAUUCACUCCCAAAUCCAGCUACUAGUAUGUUACAACAAUUGUUUAUCUCAGACUCAAUUAAUAGUCAAAACCAAUUUGAAAACCAUAAUUUCAAUGGUUAUGGUUCAGAUUUAAGACGCAGCAAUACAUUCCCUCAACCUCUUGGCGUAUUGCCUAACAUACAGUCCCUUGGGGAAAGAAUGUCAAGGUCAAUAGACCUUGUACAAGCUCCUACAGUACCUCCAGAAUCCGAGAUUAGCCACACUAGACAUUUAAUGGAUCUUCUUGGAGCUGCAAAUGCUACCAAUCAUCAACUUUCAUUGUCUCUUGGUUCUCACAUGCUUGCUCCUCAAGUCCAAUACAGGCAAAGAUCUGUUAAUUCAGAUCUUGUUAGCCCCAGUUAUAUGAUUCCUGGAGAAGAAGCAAGGAAAGCUUGUAAUCCAGAAGUUGAACGAGCAAAUGAUGACUAUUCUUUCUCUGGUAAUGCAUUUGCUUUGUCCUCAACCGUGUUCACUAGAUCUUCUUACACUUCUUACGGAACAGAAUCUUUUGCCAUUGCUAUAAAGAAUUCAAGAUAUUUAAAACCUGCUCAGAUCCUUUUAGAAGAAAUUGUUAGUGUUAGUAGCAAAGCAGUGGAAAUUAACAAUGAAAAGUACGUGGUAAAGUUACUUCCUGGUGGGAGAAGAGGAGCUUUAGGACUUUCUUCUGAACUUAAAGCAGAAUUGUGCUGUAAUGGACUCGUCCCAGCUGAAAGACACGACCUUCAGGUGAAAAUUGCAAAGCUUAUAGCAUUGCUAGAGGAGAUUGAGGGAAGAUAUGAGAAAUACUACCAUCAAAUGGAACAAGUAGUGUCAUCUUUUGAGGAGAUAGCAGGUUUAGGGGCAGCCAAAUCUUAUACUUCUUUAGCACUACAAGCCAUGUCUAGGCAUUUCUGCAACCUGAGGGAUGUCAUUGUGUCUCAAAUUAAUGAAACUAGAAGAAAAUUUUCACAAGAUUUACCAAAAAUCAGCACAGGAUUGUCACGACUUAGCCUGUUCGAUAGAGAAAGUGGACACAAUAGGAUGUCCCUUCAACAGCUUGGAAUGUUCCAAAGCCAAAGGCAAGCUUGGAGACCCAUCAGAGGCUUGCCGGAGACUUCUGUGGCCAUUCUAAGAUCUUGGCUUUUCGAACAUUUCUUGCACCCCUACCCAAAUGAUUCUGAGAAGCUAAUGCUGGCAUCACAGACAGGCUUGACCAAGAAUCAAGUGUCAAAUUGGUUCAUAAAUGCUCGAGUACGGCUAUGGAAGCCAAUGAUAGAAGAAAUGUACAGAGAAGAGUUUGCAGAAUCAUGUGAAGACUCAAAUCCAUCAAUAUUAGGUAGCAGUUCCAUGGCAAUGGAAGGUGUUAAUUGAUCAUUCAGAGGAUUGAUGGAAUUCCUAGUCAUGUUUUUCUUUAUUGAAAGAAGAAACCAACAUCCUCUCUACUCUGUAAUUAUCCAUCCAAUGCAACAGAGUUGGAAUAGCUUCAUCUUGAUUUUUCAGGAUUUAAUUAAAGUAAUAGCAAGCUCAAGUUUCUUAACAGGGUCAAAAACAUCCACUGUCAAUUAUUCCAGCGUCUAGCUUAAGCUAAGAUUUGAUGAUGCUUAAACUAAUUUCCUUUUAGGGGGUGAAUGAGAUGCUUCAAGCUAUUGACUCCCAUUAGUGGCAUGCCAAGCUACCAAGUAGGAGUAUCAAACAACUUGAUGGGACACUCAUUUAUCCAUUUCGGAUAUUGGCUAAAAAGAGUUUUAUUUAUCCAUUUCCUUGUAUUUGGUUUUUUAAAGUUUUGGUUCGCACAGGUCUUAAUCAAAUCCAAAUUAUAUUAUAUUUGCA